CCGCUCUAUUCUCAAGUUAGGCUCGGUCGCUGCGAUGGUUGCCGAUACUGCCUACUACGACGCCCUUGGUGUGCCACCUACGGCCACCGAACUGGAAAUCAAGAAGGCAUACCGGAAGCUGGCUAUUGUCACUCACCCGGACAAGAAUCCUGGAGAUGAAACCGCGCACGAACGCUUCCAGGCGAUCGGCGAGGCGUACCAAGUCCUGAGCAAUGAAGAUCUCCGCAAGCGAUAUGACAAAUUUGGCAAGGAGGAGUCGGUGCCUGGUGGUGGUUUCGAGGAUCCGUCCGAAUUCUUCAGCAUGAUCUUUGGUGGCGAGGCCUUUGUUGAUCUUAUCGGCGAAAUUUCUCUUAUGAAAGACCUCACCGCGACUAUGGACAUUACGAUGCAGGAAAUGGAGGAGGAAGAACUGGCCCAGUCUGCGGAAGAGAAACUCAACAUCCACGACGAGGAAGUGAAGGCUACAAAUGGCGAUUCGGCUCCUGCUUCCGAAACCCACGAUCCCGCGGCAGGAGCCGCACCUGCAGCCGCAGCUGCAGCUGCUGGCCCCUCCGAGAAGCCAACCUCCGACCAGAGCUCUGGCACAAGCACUCCUAGACGAAACUUCGGCCAACAGGCCCUCAUGGACAAAUCCGAAGAAGAAGCUCGCAUGGAGGCAGCCGGUCUGUCCCAGGAGGAGAAGGAGCUGCGCAAAAAGGAGAAAAAGAAGGGUCUGUCCAAGGAGCAGCAGGAACGUCUUACCGCCUUCGAGGAUGAACGUAGAAAGGCUCGCGAAGACCGUGUCAACACAUUGGCAAACAAGCUGAUUGAUCGUUUGAGCGUUUGGACUGAGACGGACAAAGGAAAGGAUGUGUCUCAUGCUUUCGAGGAGAAGAUCCGACUAGAAGUUGAGAACUUGAAGAUGGAAUCUUUCGGUCUGGAAAUUCUCCACGCUGUCGGUCAAACCUAUGUUCAGAAGGGUACGUCCUUCCUCAAGUCACAGAAGUUCCUAGGUAUCUCUGGCUUCUUCUCCCGCUUGAAGGACAAGGGCACCCUUGCGAAGGAGACAUGGACCACCAUCUCGACAGCCAUUGAUGCGCAGAUGACUAUGGAGGAGAUGGCUAAGAUGGAGGAACGCGGUGGUGAAGACUGGACUGACGAGAAGAAGGCUGAAUACGAGAAGAGAGUUACUGGCAAGAUUCUCGCCGCGGCGUGGCGUGGCAGCAAAUUCGAGAUCCAGAGUGUCUUGCGUGAUGUCUGUGACCAGAUUCUGAGCGACAAGCGGACCCGACUUGAGAAACGCAUUGAGCGUGCGCAUGCGCUGGUGAUUGCCGGCAAUAUUUACGCAAAGGCCGCACGCGACCCCGAGGAAGAGGGCGAUUACAUGGCCUUCGAGCAGCUUAUGGCCGAGGCGAUGAGCAAAAAGGGCAAGGAUGAGAAGGACAAGGACAAGAAAAAGAAGAAGUCCAAGCACGACCAUGAGGAUGCACACGGCGGCAAAGAGCCUGUGGAAGAGACCACUGUUUGA